AUGUAUUCCAACAAUAAUUUUCAAUUUGACUGUUAGAUAACAUUUCUUAAAUGUCAACUGUUGUGCAAUAACAGUAUUGUGAUUAGCUGGUAUCAAUUUAUUUUGCUUACUCAUAAGUAUAUUUAUUAGAGGGGCAUGAAGAUGUUUACUACUUUGGUUGUAAAACAUUUGCUACUACAAGGGUUGAUAGAGUCAUUAACAUUACGCAGACAAUAAUCAAGAAAACUGCAACAGCUCUUAAAAAUCUAUUGCCUAUUUUAUAAAAUUAUAAAUAUUUAUAAAUCUUUCAAAAAAUCACAUAAAUUUUAAAAUGAGCUCUUAUAAUUCAUGAUUAAGUAUUUCAUAUAUCACAAACAACUGAUAAAUUUUAUUUUUGGAGAAUUCAAAAAUUUUUAAAUUAGUAAAUAAACGAAAAAGGAAAUAAUAAUCAAAUUUUAAAAUAAAAAGUUAUUUUACCUGAUUUAACAUCCAAGUUUUCCCAUUUGA